AUGGCGACGUUCAUGGUAGCAGUGGAUGGGUCCAAGAACUCGCACGAGGCCUUCGACACGGCCUGCCGGCUGCUCAACCGAGGCGAGGACCACCUCCUCAUCGUGACCUGCGCCGAGAAGGUGCAGGGCAAGCACCUCCUGCCCGCCCUGACCCACAAGGAGAAGGAGGCCCACGAGGCCCUCACCGCCCGUGUCGAGCGCGCCCAGAAGGCCAUCAUGGAGCCCUUCCGUGAGCUCGCCGAGGAGCGCGGCAUCAAGUCCACCUGCAUCAUGCUCAAGGGCCACCACGCCGGCCAGAUGCUCUGCACCCUCGUCGACGAACGCAACGUCGACUUCCUCGUCGUCGGCCGACGAGGAAUGAACAAGGUGAAGCGGUUGCUGGCAGGGAGCACGUCCAAGUAUGUGAUGGAGCAUGCGUCGUGCAACGUGGUGGUGGUGAAGGGCUACUUCCUGCCGGACCAGCACGGGAGCGUGAAGGAGGUGGACAGGCUCGAGGAGGAGGAGCGCGUGCGCCGUCUGCACCUGGACGAGGACCGCGAGGUCGCCGCCAUGGAGCACAAGGAGCGCGUGGCCGCCCACAUCGGCGCCGUGCGCGACGAGGAGGACGAGAGGCGCAGGAGGGUCGCCACCGAGCGCAUCAUCGACGACCGCGUUCACCUGUGCGAAGUCCUCCAAUUCGACAGCGACAGCGACUAG